AUGAUAAGUUUACCCAUCUUCCCCGUACCCCUCCUGUCCCCACAAACACUUUACACCUCAUACCCCCGUACCCCUCAUACCACCCUCAACCCCCGUACCCCCUCAUACCACCCCUCAACCCCCGUACCCCUCAUACCACCCUCAACCCCCGUACCCCUCAUACCACCCCUCAACCCCCGUACCCCUCAUACCACCCCUCAACCCCCGUACCCCUCAUACCUCCCCUCAACAUCCGUACCCCGCAUACCACCCUCAACUCCCGUACCCCUCAUACCACCCCUCAACCCCCGUACCCCUCAUACCACCCCUCAACCCCCGUACCCCUCAUACAACACCUCAACCCCCGUACCCCUCAUACCAUCCCUCAACCCCCAUACCCCUUAUACCACCCCUCAACCCCCGUACCCCUCAUACCACCCCUCAAACUCCGUACCCCUCAUACCACCCCUCAACCCCCGUACCCCUCAUACCACCCCUCAACCGCCGUACCCCUCAUACCACCCCUCAACCUCCGUACCCCGCAUACCACCCCUCAACCCCCGUACCCCUCAUACCACCCCUCAACCCCCGUAUCCCUCAUACCACACCUCAACCCCCGUACCCCUCAUCCCACCCCUCAACCCCCGUACCCCUCAUACCACCCCUCAACCCCCGUAUCCCUCAUACCACACCUCAACCCCCGUACCCCUCAUACCACCCCUCAACCCCCGUACCCCUCAUACCACCCCUCAACCCCCGUACCCCUCAUACCACCCCUCAACCCCCAUACCCCUCAUACCACCCCUCAACCCCCAUACCCCUCAUACCACCCCUCAACCCCCGUACCCCGCAUACCACCCCUCAACCCCCGUACCCCUCAUACCACCCCUCAACCCCAUACCCCUCAUACCACCCCUCAACCCCCAUACCCCUCAUACCACCCCUCAACCCCCGUACCCCGCAUACCACCCCUCAACCCCCGUACCCCUCAUACCACCCCUCAACCCCCCGUACCCCUCAUCCCACCCCUCAACCACCGUACCCCUCAUACCACCCCUCAACCCCCGUAUCCCUCAUACCACACCUCACCCCCGUACCCCUCAUACCACCCUCAACCCCCGUACCCCUCAUACCACCCCUCAACCCCCGUACCCCUCAUACCACCCCUCAACCCCGUACCCCUCAUACACCCCUCACCCCCACCCCUCAUACCACCCCUCAACCCCCAUACCCCUCAUACCACCCCUCAACCCCCGUACCCCGCAUACCACCCCUCAACCCCCGUACCCCUCAUACCACCCCUCAACCCCCGUACCCCUCAUACCACACCUCAAACCCGUACCCCUCAUACCAUCCCUCAACCACCAUACCCCUUAUACCACCCCUCAACCCCGUACCCCUCAUACCACCCCUCAACCCACGUACCCUCAUACCACCCCUCAACCCACAUACCCCUCAUACCACCCCUCAACCCCCGUACCCCGCAUACCACCCCUCAACCCCCGUACCCCUCAUACCACCCCUCAACCCCCGUACCCCUCAUACCACACCUCAACCCCCCGUACCCCUCAUACCAUCCCUCAACCACCAUACCCCUUAUACCACCCCUCAACCCCCGUACCCUCAUACCACCCCUCAACCCCCAUACCCCUCAUACCACCCCUCAACCCCCGUACCCCUCAUACCACCCCUCAACCCCGUACCCCUCAUACCACCCCUCAACCCCCGUACCCCUCAUCCCACCCCUCAACCCCCGUACCCCCUCAUACCACCCCUCAACCCCCGUAUCCCUCAUACCACACCUCAACCCCCGUACCCCUCAUACCACCCCUCAACCCCCGUACCCCUCAUACCACCCCUCAACCCCCGUACCCCUCAUACCACCCCUCAACCCCCAUACCCCUCAUACCACCCCUCAACCCCCAUACCCCUCAUACCACCCCUCAACCCCCGUACCCCGCAUACCACCCCUCAACCCCCGUACCCCUCAUACCACCCCUCAACCCCCGUACCCCUCAUACCACACCUCAAAUCCGUACCCCUCAUACCAUCCCUCAACCACCAUACCCCUUAUACCACCCCUCAACCCCCGUACCCCUCAUACCACCCCUCAAACCCCAUACCCCUCAUACCACCCCUCAACCCCCAUACCCCUCAUACCACCCCUCAACCCCCUCAACCCCCUCAUCUACCUCUCAACCCCCGUACCCCUCAUACCACCCCUCAACCCCCGUACCCCUCAUACUUCAUCUACCUCUCUCCUAUACACAUCUGCUUAGAGAAUAG